CAAACACACAGACUGUUCGAAAUCAGGAGAAGCUUUAGAUAGAAGAGUCGCUGACAGUGUCACUGUGACUGCUCCAAAAUGCUGCACAGAAUUAUUUUCAUGAUAUGUGUCCUUGUACACCAACCUCAGUUUUUCAGUUUGGGAGGGGUGAUCACCCCUAAGCCAAUCAUUGAAAAUGGCACGUAUAUAAACCCAGAGCUUGGUAAGUAUCAUGCCAGGUUGAGAACUAUCAGUCGGAGCUGCAGGGACAUCAAGGAGAAAUUUGGAGCUACAACAGAUGGCAUCUAUUACUUAACAACAUCAAACGGUGUGAUGUACCAGGCAUUCUGUGACAUGACCACAGCUGGAGGUGGCUGGACACUGGUAGCCAGUGUGCAUGAGAACAACAUCAAUGGAAAAUGUACUGCAGGUGACCGCUGGUCAAGCGAACAGGGUAGUGAUCAAAAACGGCAUGAUGGUGAUAGAACCUGGGUAAACACUGCCACAUUUGGCACAACAGAGGGUGCUACCAGUGAUGACUACAAGAAUCCUGGAUACUACGACAUUACUGGGGAGGAUGUGGCAGUGUGGCAUGUUCCCAAUGACGUUCAGCUCCAAAACUGGGCAAACACCGCAAUUCUGCGUUACCACACCGAAACUAAGUUCCUCAAUCAAAAUGGUGGAAGUCUCUUCCAUUUAUUUAAGAAAUAUCCAGUGAGGUCUGGAGCAGGAGAGUGUAAAGCGGAUAGCGGUCCUUCUAUCCCAGUGGUAUAUGAUACAGGCGACAAGGAUUCAACAACAAACCUUUAUGGAGCAACUGUAAAAGAUCAAUUUGAGCCUGGCUUUGUCAGCUUCAGAGUGUUUAAUGAGAAGAAGACAGUGAUGGCUCUGUGCUCUGGGAUCAAACCAACAGGAUGCCAUACAGAACAUUUCUGCAUUGGUGGAGUAGGAGACCCUGAUCAGUGUGGAGACUUCGCUGACCUUCAGGCGGUUCCUGGAGGGAGCUCCUCUAAGGAAAUAACAGAGGCAGCAGUUCUGAUCUUCUACCGCUGACAGUUUUUGUCCUUUUUUAGUACUUUUUACCAAAUUUAUGUGGUCAUACUGACAAUUGAAGCUCUCAUGUCAUCCUCUGCGAAAAUGUGUGUAUCUUGAUCAGCUAUGAAAUAAAAAUUCAUUUAAAGUA